UAGUGGCAGGUUGUCUCGCUGCAUACGGGAGUGAUUCAGAAUCAGAAAAUGAAUCAGCCCAAUACAAGUCCCGAGAAAGUAGACCCAGACGCAGUCUCACAUCUUCAGCCUUUAAAAUCUGGAAGAAAGACGAGUUUAUCUGUUCUUAAUUCAGCACCUGAGGUCGCCGUCAAGGAAGAUGUUGAGACGGGCACACACAUUGAUCCCUCACUCAAAGAGCUCCUCUACAACCCUACUUACGAAACCAUGUUUGCACCCGAGUUUGGACCAGUUAAUCCAUUCAAAACGCAGCAAAUGGCUGCGCCAAGGAACAUGCUUUCUGGAUAUGCUGAGCCCGCCCAUGUCAACGAUUUCAUGUUUGAACAACAAAGAAGGACGUUUUCCACUUUCGGGUAUGCGUGACCAUCUGUGGACAGCAGUCAAGUCUCAUCGAGCAGCUACAUAGGAGCAGUGGAGGAAGCAGAGAAAAAGAAAGGGAUGACCGUGUUUGAGUCGGGCCUAAAGAAGGAGAAGAGGAAGCGUGUGAAAGGGGGAGACGCAUCAGAGAUCGACAGCUUCUUGGGGCCCUGGGCCAAGUAUCAGGAUGAGAAGGACGUGGCCAAACCUUCAGAGGAGGAGCAGAAGGAGCUGGACGAAAUCACGGCAAAGAGGCAGAAAAGAGGCAAGAAUGAGGAAGAGGCCUUUGCUGAGGAGAAAACCAUUCUACACGUCAAAGACGCGUAUGACUACCAGGGCCGCUCUUACCUGCACGUCCCGCAGGACGUGGGCAUUAACCUGCGCUUGGCGGAAAUACCCGACAAAUGUUACCUGCCCAAGAAGCAGCUGCACGUCUGGACCGGGCACACCAAGGGUGUCAGCGCCAUUCAGUUGUUUCCUGGGUCUGGCCACCUGCUUCUCUCCUGCUCUAUGGACUGUAAGAUCAAGCUUUGGGAAGUCUACAGUGACAGGAGGUGCUUACGGACAUUUAUUGGUCACAGUAAGGCAGUGCGCGACAUCUGCUUCAACAACGCUGGAACUCAAUUCCUCAGCGCCGGUUACGAUCGCUACCUCAAGCUGUGGGACUCUGAGACAGGUCAGUGCAUCUCCAGGUUCACUAACAGGAAAGUCCCCUACUGUGUAAAGUUUAACCCAGACGAGGACAAACAAAGCCUGUUUGUUGCCGGAAUGUCGGACAAGAAGAUUGUGCAGUGGGACAUCCGCUCUGGGGAGGUGGUGCAGGAGUAUGACCGCCACCUGGGAGCCGUCAACACCAUCACGUUUGUGGACGAGAACCGCCGCUUCGUCAGCACCUCCGAUGACAAGAGCUUGCGCGUGUGGGAGUGGGACAUUCCAGUGGAUUUCAAGUACAUUGUGGAGCCCAGUAUGCAUUCGAUGCAUAUCAGCACUUCAGUUCAGCAUUCUUCCGAUAAGAGGCGGAGGGUCAAACGCCUGACCAGUAGCCAGCAGUAG